CUUUUAAUUCAAUGCUGCAUAUAUUCUUUAACACUUAAGAAUGGAGUAUCUCAAGAGGUUUCUUCCUUUCUCUGGAGAAGACGAACUUAAACGACUAGCUGUUAUGUUGGAGGCGAAGUCGUACACUGAAGCAACAAGUCAGUCGAAUUACUUGAGGAAGAUAAGUGCGAAAAUCCUGACAAUUGAAGUAAAAUCCCGGGAUUCUUCGGCAUAUUCUCGUCAGUGGUCUAAUGCUGCAAGAAAUAGCGAAAACCCCCAAGAACCUGGUAAAGAAUAUUUGGAGCUGAUAUUAUACAUUAUAUUAAAAUUACAAAAUGUUUCUACUUCCCUUUCAUCUCAAAGCGUGCAAAGCCAAAUGAAAAAUCGCGUUCAGCAGCUUCCGACCGCAGUGGUUGCGGAUGAAUCUCAAAUGCAGACUCGUCGUGGAUUUGACGCGGAUAUAGCGCAGUUGCUACAAGAUCUACUCCUGAAGGACUCCAAGGAGCGUGACCGAGCCACCCUUUACACAAGAGCUGCUUCGAAAUGCAACUAUUUCCUCCACCAGAGCUGCUUCGAAAUGCGCAAGAAAUUAAGCCACCCUUUACACAAGAAGCACGAUUUAACCCUCAUGAUCAAGCCUGCGUACCGCUUAGUUUGCGAUGCCUGCGGCGAAACGGGGAAAGGAUUCUCCUACCAUUGCAAACGUUGCAACUUUGAUUUGCAUAUCUUUAUGUGCAAAUCUUGUGGAUUUGAUGCCCAUCUGAAAUGUGCUGCCGGAGAUAAGUUCCCGUCUGUCCGCUCAGCCUCGCAGUCUAAAGAGCCUCUCUUGGUAGCUUACUUGGAGGAUGACUUCUCAACACCGCCAUGA